AUGACUGAGUCUUUAAGUGAAGUGUCCAGCAGCAUGGAGGGUUUGGAAGAUGAGGGAAAGAAGAAAUCCAAGUUUAAAGCCUUUAAGAGCUUUUUUGGCAAGAAGAAGAAGAAAGAGCCGGAAGAUGUCCAGGAAGGGAACGUGGUAAAGCCAAGGCUUUCUAGUAGCAGUCUGAAGCCAGUUAUGGAAAUCAAAGUGCACAAUUCAAAGCCUAAGAGUAGCUUGGGAACCAAGUCCAUAUCCCAUGACAGUGUCUUCUGUUUGGAAUCUGAGCCUGAAAAAUUGGCAAGCAAACUGCUGUUUCCAGAGCCCCAGAGAAACAGACCACAGGAGAUCCCACCACUGCGCUCACGGAGACUCAGUGUCUCUUCCAGUGUUACCCAAGCUAAGAAAGACUCGAAGGACUUAGAAAAAGACUCUGCCAGCGACGAGAUAUCCAAGAGCUCCCCAAAGAAGUUUCCAGCAGACCGUUCAGCAACAUGGAGCAAGGAGGACCCGGACUCAGAACUUAUGGAAAAACCAGGUGUGGCAGCACCUGCAUCUGAAACCUCAGUGCCAGCAGGAAAGGAGCAAAGACAGAUGGCUCCCAGGGGCUCACCAACCAGUCUAGACAAAAUGAGUGGCUUGGAAUUGUUCUCGGAGCUUGAUCUCUCGCAGUUCUCUCAAAGCAGCGCUCAGCUGCUCUCAGGGUUCAGCACCCCAGCCACCUCACAAGGCUGAUUGGAUUCUUCCGCUGCUAAACGCAAGAUAGCUUUAAAUGCCCGGAAACAGAAGAGGAAGAAGACAGCUUCCUCGUCUGCCAAAGCAAAGCAAGAAGAGCAGCCUGCUUCACUGGUGACUAAAGAAAAGGCCACAACCAAGACAAAACACGCCGACCGGAAGGAGCACAAAAGGGACAGCACAGGGCCUACAAGACAGGAGCAGAGUUACAAACCUGACUCUCAGGAUAAGAAGAAGACAAGACAUCAGUCUCUAAGUACUGAUGCUGCCUCGAGCACAGGCCACUCGGUUUCAGGAUCCCAUCCAAGAAGACGCAGAAGAAGAGUCAAAAACGAGUUGGGUUUAGUACAGAAAGACCUUCUAAAAUCCACGAAAGAACAUGACCUGGCUGGGAAAGCUGGCUCCUCACCUACUGAAGAUUUGUCUGGAAAGGAGCACUCUUUCUUGAAGCUUUGUCUGGAGAAGCAAAGCACAGAGCAGAACCCAACUGCAGAAGCAGCGGUUACUACUCCUCAGAAGAUGCCUUCCGAUAAAGGGAAUGUGAAGGGGGAAAUGGCUACCAUAGAUGUUGAAGCCCAAAGAACACCAGCACCACAGCCUACACCUACACAUGUGUCAGAAUUCACGGUUAGCAGUCCACUACUCAGCCAUGAAGAAGGGUUUUCUGAAGGCAAGAAGAAAAAGGAGAAAGCCAGUUCACGGAUAAGACAACCAUCCACAAGCCAAGAAGAGGCCACUGUCUCGAGGACAGCGGAGGCCCAAGAGUGCACACAUCCUUCUCAAGUCCAUGGAGAAGAGGGAGAAGCAUCCAGCCUUGGUUUGCAAAAGUUUCUACCAAGAAAGGAAUUAUCCUUGGAGAGCACAACUUACCCCAAAGGGAGGCAUCCCAGAGGUGGCCUUCGGGCCUUUUCAGCAAGUGUUUCAAGCACUACCGCAGAUGAUGUUUCUAUGCCCAUGUCGCCUCUUCCCCUCAGGAGGUGGCCACCUGCAGGGGAAAUCUCCUCCGAUUCAUACAGUAGUUCAGAGUAUGAGAGCAGUUCUGAAGUGCAACUGGGCUCCGCGCAUUCUUUCCAGCUUCUGUGGAGCCCUCAAGAUGACGAUGUCUUCCUCAAAGCAGGAAAUGCAGAUGCCGAACUGAGCAAGACAGGGUGGCAGCAGCCUCUCGGAAAAGCCAAAGCUGGAGAAGUCUCCUCAGAAUCAGACAGUUCCUCAGACGAUCAGAGAAGCUGCGAGAUGACAUCAGCCCAAUCCUUCCAGUCCUUCGACGAGUUUGAAGGAUGCUCAGAAUCAGCAAGUUUUAUCAUCGAUUCCGUCUCUGAAGAGAAGUUGUCUUCCAGGAGAUAUUCCCAGGCCUUGCUGGAGUCUGAAGAAAAUGAAGUCUCCACAGAGUCAAGCAGUUACUUUGAGAAGUAUCACAGUUCUGAGGAUAUGAGCAGCUCGGAGGAAGAGCAGCCUCCUGAACCUUCCAAGCAGGCCCUGGGUCAGUCCAGAGAUCAGCAAGAAGUGUCCCCAGUUUCGAAGAGUACCCCAAAAGAGUGGAGUGGUUCUGCCAAGCCAGUGCACCCCGUACACACUUCUCCACCCAUUGUGAGCCCUGGUACUCAGCAGCAACCCCCCAUUUUGGGGAACAUUUCUGUAUCACAAAGCAGACCCGUGGAGUCACUACCUCCCGGCCACACUGUCAGGUUAUGGAUGAGCCCUCAGUCUGAGCAUCAAGUGUUUGCAGAGGGCACUGCUGCUGACUGGGACAUUUUUAUGCAGCCACCAUCUCUUAGAAAGGCUUUGAAGCACCCAGUGGUGCACACCAUUGAGCAAAAUAUCCCCCCAAGUCCAGACGUUUCGACCAUGGGAGAGGCAGCUUCCAUGGAGGCCCUGCUUCUCAGACACCACUCUCAGCCCCCAAUCAGACCAGUACUUGAGCAAGAUAUUUCUGCAGGCUCAGAACUUGGCAUUUUUGAACAAUUUGUUGCUGCACAGUCUCCCAGAUACCCUUCUCAGCCUUCAGUGGGACCAACCAUCAAGAAAGAAGUUUCACUGGGUGCAGAAAGUGCUGCAUUUGAGGGGAGCCAUUUUAUGGAGUCCCUGCUUACUCAGCAUCCUCCUCAACCCCUGUUGAAACCCUUCACCCAGUACCAGGGUUCGACUUUUGAAAGAGGUGUUCCUAUGGAUUCGAGGCUUCUGGCACAAUCUUUCCAGCCAUGGAUGACGCCUCAAGGGAAACAAUCAUUUUCCGGUUCAGAGAGCACAGCUUUCGAAGGGAACUCUUCUAUGGAGCAUGCGCCCCUUUCCCUUUCCCAGCCUAUGAAGCAGCCUUAUCAAAAUGUGCCUUUAGAAUCCGAGGCUGUCGCCACUCAGAUCAUUGCCAGGGGUCCACCGCACACCAAAUAUUCUACUCACUCCUUACUAACUCCUCAAAGUCAACCAGUCGCAGAAAGUACCUCAGUAGAAGGUGCCUCUUUGGUGGAGCUGUUGCCUCCUCAACCCUCAGUAAAGUCCAAAUUCCAACCACAGAUGACCCGUGGCAACGUUCCUGCUGCAUGGGCCAUUCCUAUUCAUCCACCAGCUCCCAGAAUGCCUUCUCAGCCCUUGAUGGGAUCAGUAGUCCGACAGUCAGCCUCCACAGGAUCCAUGAACACAUCUAUGCAACAAGUCGCUGUAGAGCCAUUGUCUCCUAGAAACCCUUUGCAGCCAUGGCCAACUUCUCCAUUUGAACAAAUCUCUGCACCCCCAGACAAGGCUGCAAAAGCAACGUGGAGCAUUCCUGUUGAUCCACCAGCUCCCAGAGAGCUUUCUCAGUCCUUGAUAGGAUCAGCAGUCCAACAGCCAGUCUCCACGGAGUUAGUGGCUAUUUCUGUACCACAGAGUGGCUCUGUGGAGCUCAUGCCUUAUAGAUUCUCUUUCCAGUCAAGAGUAGAUCCGGAGACUUAUGCAGCAGAUGAGGGAGUUUCUCCAAUUAUGAAGCCUGGAAGACAUCAACUCCCAAGAAGCACAGAAUUCAAGGAAGAAGUUUCCCCAGAUUCAUUGGGAGCUUCUGGAGAAUGGGGCAUUCCUAUCGAGCCAAUGCCUUCAAAAUAUGCACCUCAUCCAUGGUUGGGUCCUGAGUCUGAGAGCCAAGCCUCAAGUCUAGAAGGUUUUGCCAAAGAGGGGGACAUUUAUAAGGAGGCAUGGAUUCCCAGAAAUCCUUCCCAAAGCAUUACAAAACUUCAAGUCCAGAAGACACCCUCAACGUGCGAGAGUCCCUCUUUUGAGGGAGGCAUUUCCUGGAAGCCACUGCCUCCCAAAGUUGCCACCCCAUUCUUAAUGAGUUCUAAGGUUAAGGACAUGCCCUCCAGUCUGGAGAGUGCUGAUGACCAAGACAGCUCUAAGAAACAACAGGGUAGAAACGCUCCUUCCCAGUCCUUUGUGAAAUUUAUGGCAGAUCAAAUUUUGGCAGAGAAUACUACUGGGGAGACGGCCAUUUAUGGAAAACCUGUGCUUCAGAAUCGAAGCCGUCCUUCCAGAUCUUUGGUGAAGCCUAAACUGGAGGAGCAAGCAUUCUUACGUAACUGGGAUGAUGAGCCUAAGGAAGACACCACUUUGAAGAAGCUGCCCCUGAAGCAGCCUCCGCAGUCGCCCAGAAGACCAAAAGAGUCCCAGGAAGUUGUGUCGUAUUCUAAGGGCGCCCCUGGGAAGUGGAGCAGCUCUGCAGUGGACAGUUCUCAGUCCCUGGGAAAGCUUGAAUACAGGCAGAAAGUCUCCGUUUCUGUCAGUUUUCCCGAAGAGUGGAAGAGGUCUGAAGUCCAACCGCCUUCCACACAGCCUUCUCAAGGCUUCGAUGUAGCUAGUUCGCAGCCACCGGUUUUAUCAACAGCUCCUGCAAAUGUUCCUGUGGAGUGGCGCAGUCCUGAGGGGCAUCGGCCUCCCGGUCAGUCUGCUCAGGCUUUAGUGACCUCUGAUUAUCAGCAACAAGUUUACUUAAGUUCCGCCAAUGCUGCCACGGAAGGAACCACUUCUAGGAAGAAUACUGGCAGCUGGUCCAUGCCCAAAGGCCCGGAUUCCACAAAGAAAACCAUGAAAGACAUACAAGGCUAUGAGGACUUCAUUAAAACCACCCCAACUUCCGUUACCAAACCUGGCAAAUUCACUUGGGUUCCUGCCCAGAAAGCAUUUGCUUCAACUGGCACUUACUCUAAGGAAGAAGUUCCUCAGCGUCGUGACGAAAAAGAGCGUUCUUCGUUUCUCUCCACCAGCAAGUCUGAUGUCGAAAAUGUUUUUGGAGUGCGACUGCGGAAAAUCUCCCAGAGGAGUGGGAUCCCAGAACCUAUCGCGCCAGUUGUCCCAGCUGGAAAAGAACAGACGAACAAAGGAACUCCCCAGGGCUUCAGCGGAGGCCAUGAGAAGUCCAGCCAAGAACUUAGCUGUGCAGAAAAGCAAGGAAGCAGGCCCAGAUAUGAAAGCAUUUUCAAGAAGCCAACAGUUUUCAGACCUCCAGGUGAGAGUUUUGUCUCUCCAGAGAGAAGACCUACCUCUAGUUUGAAGUCAGAUUACACUACAGAACCAUCUUGGAUCAGUGUGGCAAAACAGAGGCAAAAGGGCUUUGCCUCCCACUUCCCUAAAAAACCCCGGAACAGAGCUGAAAUUAGGGCUGAGACCAAGGAGCAAAAAUAUGAGUCAAAAUAUGAUCCAGGCAUGGAGAGUCCACGAAAGAACAAGCUUCACCCAUAUACCAGGGAGAGAGAUACCAGACGCUCUUCAAGUGUGCCACCCAAAGUUUCACCACCCAAGGAGCCUGUGUGGUUCUCAGUGGCCAAGAAGAAAGCCCAAGCAUGGAGCCAAAUGUCAGACAUCAUGCAAUGA